AUGUCUCGACCCGCCAAGCUCACGCUCGCCGCCUCGGUCCUCGUCUCUGGACUGACGGUGUGGGGAGUUCAUUUCAUGCAGGAGAGGGAACGUGAAGUCAUGUAUCGCGGCGUGGAGCGCGACGAGGCACGGCAGGAGGAGAAGAAGCGCAAACGUCUGCUCGACCUGCAGAUCAACCAGGAGAAGGAGGCAGCGUACCAGAAGAUGCAACCGACAGCAGGGGCAGGCAGCUCCUCGUCCUCCUCACCGCCCUCAUGA